AUGUUUAGGAGGCUUAUAACUUUUAUCCCCAUUUUGCUUCUUCUAGGUUCAGCACUUUUGUUAUUCUUUAUCAACUUAGCUGGAGCAUCCGACAAGUCAGUUUUGAGGAAGCUUUAUUGGUCUCAGGCAACCACUCGAGGUAUUUCGGGGGCUCCACAUUCAGUUACAAGAUGGACCAUGUAUAACAGUUGUGGUGUUAGCAAUGGCGAAAACGUGGACUGUACUUCAAAUUCUCCAGCUUAUCCCUUUUCUCCAAAGGAUAAUUUUGGAAGCAGUGGUAGUCUACCGAGUAGUUUCACUAAGAAUAGAGAUACCUAUUUCUACUUAUCAAGAUUUGCGUACGCAUUUUUCUUGAUAGGUUUAGUAUUAAAUAUUGUUGCUAUUUUAUCGGUUUUUGUUUCUUGUUGCUUGUCAGAUGUAAUAAGUGGUUUAAUAAGUACGUUAAUUAUAUCAUGUGCCUUGCUAUUUACACUCGCCGCAUCGUGCUUUAUUACUGCUGUUCAUGUCAAAGGGAGACAUAAUUUCCAAAAGAGCGGUUUCGAUGCCCUGUUAGGAGUCAAGCUAUUUGCCUUUUCUUGGACAUCGGUAGCAUGCCUACUUCUAUCAUUGACGAUAAUGCCGAUCAUUUCAGGAGUGACGGCCCUCAAAGGAAGAAAGCGUGAACAUCCAGAUUCGGAGUACGAGAAAAUAAGCCCUUCAAUUACUUCUUCAAACAGCCAGAUCCCGCUCGAUGAACCAAGAGUCUAG